AUGGCUCAGGAGGGUGCAAGACCUUCCUCGGACUCGAAUAGAAACUCAUGGGUGAUGAGUUCAACUCCUGCAUCCGCUAUCUCAUUCCUGCGUGACGAGGAGGUCGCGACUAGUGCCCAUGGAAUUACGGUCGCGUUGGCUCUGGCGGAACCGGUCGUGUACUUGCCACACGUUGACCCCGUUGAUACCAGAUCAGUCAUGCUGAGUGGGCGUUUGCGACUCAGAUUGACGAGGACUGUCAAAAUAAAGAAAAUUGAACUCGUGUUCAAGGGCAUCGCACAACAGAAGAAACCGAACCGGAUUCUUCCAAAGAAGGCACAAGUCCAAAACAUAGAAGAGCUCAACAAGCACGUCUGGCCAGUAUUCCUUGCUGGUGCACAUGAGGGACUUUCGAUGUCAAAUAUCGAAUACAAUGCAAAUAAUUUUAAAUUUGCAAGCCCCCAAUUGGCGACAGUAAACCCUAUCCACAAUGAUACAGAGGCGAUCGACUUCUCACUACAAGCAAAAUUCAAACAUGCUUGUGGGAUUGGUAACGGCAAGCCCUGGGCCCGUGGGGUUUCGAGGUUACACCGCAGCUACAAACUCUUUCCCCCCGGCGAUUAUACAUACGAUUUUGAACAACUAAUCGAUUCACAUAACCCAGAAACAAUAGAAAACGAGAUAAUUUCUGUCAGAUGGCUCCUUCAAGCAGUCGUUGAACACUUAGGAGUCUUCAAGUCAAACCUGUCUGGCAUUCGAUAUAUCCCCUUCAUCCGGAGCCCCUUUGGGGAAUGCCUAGAACAGAUUGAGCCAGUUGCGAUAUCAAGAGAUUGGAAGGAUAAAUUCCAUUACAAUAUCACUAUUCUUGGAAAAUCAUUCCCUCUGGGAUCACAGAUACCUAUCGCCAUAAAACUAAUCCCGUUCGAGAAAAUCUCUUGCCGUCGAAUCCAAGUCUGGGUGUUGGAAAAUCUACAUUUUCAUGGCAGGGCUAACCAUCAUGGUGAGCCGCAUAAAAGAUUUUUACUUUUCGAGAAGACGGCGCAUUCGGCAAGUUCCAACAAUUAUUCAAGGAACUCGACGCGAGUCACCGCCGGUGGUGGCAUUCCUUGGAACGAUCCAGCGGCCGCUAUCGCAGGAGAGGAAUUUGUUGAUCACAGCCGGAAUAAUUUGCUGGGUGAUCUUAGCGAUGGCUGUCAAGCUGGGCCAAUUGAAAUGGAAUUGAAUGUGCAGAUCCCUAACUGCCAAUCUAUCAAUGGUAAGGAUGAAAUGCAAAAGUUGCGUUGUGACGCUACAUAUGAAAGUAUCGAAAUAUCUCAUCGGCUUAUGAUAACGAUGUACAUGUCUACGGUUUACGAGAAAGAACCUGCCAAUUGGCAUCACUUUGUCAUUGCUGUGCAUUGUCCAAUCCGUAUUCUCUCCUGUUUUGCUGCGCGGUCCUACGUUGAUCUUCCUGCAUAUUCAUCUUGUACCAAUUAUCCGAUAGUCUCUCAGGUACAUGGAUGUGGGUGUACUAGGGCUGCCGAUGUAAGGAGAAAUCCGCCAAGUCCUGACUUGGUUAGUCCAACAAACACAUAUUCGGCCUCGGAUGCAGCAAGUUUCGCGGCUCUUUCGGCCAGCUCCAUGAUGGGCUUUGUGGAACACCCACAACAAUCCAAACAACAACUAUAUAAAUAUUAG